AUGGCGCCAUUCAGAGGGCGUGGUGGGUUCCGUGGUGGUGCAAGAGGCGCAUCCAUGAGCAGAGGCCGCCGUGGUGCUGCGAGAGGCGGCGCAAAGAGAGGCGGAUUUGCUGCCGCGAGAACAGCAGAUCAGGUCGAAGAGUCAAAUACACAAUUUCGCCAGGCGCCCGAGUCGGAGCACAGUCAGCCAGAGUCCUCUGAUGAAUCUGCAUCCGAAGCCGAGGACGACGAAGACAGUGAAGAUGCCCAGCCUGCCUCGGCCAUAUACGCCACCUUGCUACAAUCGAUGUCUGCACGGAAGACCCCUUUCGGCGGGACAGUCGUCGACCCACCACAUGUGUCCCAUCGCAAGAAGCGGAAACUGCACCAUCAUGUACCAGGGCCAGAAGAGGUACCAGGCGCUGCUUUGAUGCCAGAGGAGGGGCACGCACACCCACGUGGGGAUGACCAAGGGUCGGAGACGAAUGGCCCAGCGUCUGGGGGAGAAGAUCAUGAGGAAGAGGGAGAAGCCGAAGACCUGGACGAAGAAGAAGAACAGCAGCGAUUGGACAACACCGAAGAUAGCCCCUUUGAUGCUCAUUUUGCAAAUCCUGACGAGAACGAGUUGGCAGUGCGGUUGAAGCGGAUAACAGAUAAUCAGUGGAUAACGAAGAAGCUGGAUGUGGGUCGAGGAAGAGGCGUGCUUCAGGUACCAGCCGCAGAUGAAAUAGCUCUAUCGCGACGGAAAGUACGUAGCACCCGCGACGUUGUCCUGAAAGCUCGCCUGGUCGAUAAUGCGCAGAAGGUGCUGGGCAACUUCGACGACACAGAACAGGCCAUUGCGCCUUCCAUCUUCGACUACCAGGACCUUCUUUUUGGCGCAAGGACGGUGCAGAAUGCAGGUCGCCUUCGUGAUAUCAUCUGCCUCCAUGCACUCAACCAUAUCCUCAUGACCCGCGACAGAGUUAUCAAGAACAAUGCCAAGCUGGCAGCGGCCACAGACGAUGUUGAUGCCGAGUACCGCGAUCAAGGCUUCACGCGGCCGAAGAUACUGUUUCUCCUCGAGACAAAACAGGCCUGCGUGCGUCUCCUCGACUCCAUCACGAAGCUACAUGACUUUGAACAACAAGAGAAUAAGAAGAGAUUCUUGGAAUCGUUCUCACUGCCUGAGGACAAGUUCUCCGAUGAAAAACCUGCUGACUUUCGCGAGCUUUUCGAGGGCAAUGACGAGAACGAGUUCCGCAUUGGAGUGAAGCUGACCCGGAAGACACUGAAGCUAUACUCCACCUUUUACAACUCAGACAUCAUUCUAGCAUCAGCGCUAGGUCUAAGACGUGCUAUUGAGUCCGGAGAUCCCAAAAAACGAGACUCCGACUUCCUCUCCUCCAUCGAAAUGGUCAUAAUGGAGCAAGCCGACGCAACCCUUAUGCAAAACUGGGAACACGCUGAAUUUGUCUUCGAGCACCUCAACCUACAACCAAAAGAUCCCCACGACUGCGACUUCUCCCGCGUCCGAUCGUGGUAUCUCGACGACCAAGCCCGACACAUUCGCCAGACAAUCGUCCUAUCUGCCUACCUCACGCCCAAAAUCAAUACUCUAUACAACAAAUACAUGCGCAACGUAGCCGGUCGUUUGAAAUACACGCAAGAUUACACCACUGGCCUAAUCGAAACUCUUUCCUACGGCAUAAAGCAGACUUUUCUUCGCUUCGACUCGCCAUCCCACCUCACAGACCCAGAUGCUCGUUUCAAAUACUUCAACACCUCCAUCCUGCCUUCCAUCUCCCGUCUUCCCAAGACCCCAGAAGGCGGUCCCGGUGUCCUCGUCUUCAUACCCUCCUACCUUGACUUCGUCCGCGUCCGCAAUUCCCUUGUCGACUCAGACUUCAGCUACGCCUCCAUAAGCGAAUACACGGAUACAACUGACGUCCGCAAAGCACGUUCGCAUUUCAUGAAUGGAAAACACAGCUUACUACUCUAUACUGGACGAGCGCACCACUUCCACAGAUAUAAUAUCAGAGGAGUCAAACGCGUCGUCUUUUAUGGCGUCCCCGAGAACCCGAGAUUCUACGACGAAAUUUUGGGGUUUGUGGGCAAGACGGUGGAGAGGGGUGAGGUGAGUCGGGCGGAGGCUGGGGUGCGUGUUUGCUUCUCUAGGUGGGAGAGGCUGGAGCUGGAGAGGAUUGUGGGGUCGAAGAGGAUUGUCAGGAUGAUUGCGGAUAAGGGGGAUGUUUUUGAUUUUGUGUGA